AUGGAUGAACAGCAAAGUCUAGCAAAAGAUUGUGAAUUAACAGAAUCUAAGGGCGAAAGCCUUCUUGACCCGAUAAACCGCCUUAAAGAAUUGCUGCAUUCCCAGUCAUCCAUUCUUAACAUUGAUGUUCUUGAAUCAGAUUUACAAAACCAUAAUUCUCCUAAAGCUACACCUGUCGAAACGUCGCCUUCAGUUUCUGAAAAUGACUAUACUAAUUCAACAUAUUUAGAGACUAAACUUAACACUUCAAAUACUCUACAAGCAUCUUCGUCAAAUAAUGAUAUAUUAAAUUUGACAUUGAAAAAGAGGAGAGUGCCGCCCGUGGCAUUGAUUUCAGCAGAUAUUAGACAAAUAAGAAGUCGUGCGCAAAGAAUUAAUGCUUACUCUGCAAAAUUUGAGCUGUUGAAACAAGAAGAUGCGGGAUUGCGAUCAUGGCUCAAUUUAAAUAUUAUAAGAGAAUUGCCUUUAACAAUAAAAAAUUACAAAAAGAGAUUUAAUGAAACUUUACCAUCCAUUGCAAGUUUGGCAGCUAAUAAAAUUUAUUCCAGCCUUUCUUUAGCAAUGAGUACCAGUAGUCAACCAACCUUGUCAUCGCGCAUACCUACAGACAUUUCUAUAGAUACAAAUUUAUCAGCCUUUUCAAGCUCUCAGAGUCCUUCUAAAACUUUAUCUUCCCCACGAACUUUUUUAGAUAUAGCUGUUCAAGCAAAUUCACCCAAGGGUCAUUCAAUGUCCCCACCCAUGUCACCCAAAAUGAAAACAUCCACUAAUUUCUUUAACCUUAAUAGACGCGGUAGUAUUAGUCGACCGACGAUACACAUGCCUCCGGCAGUGAUGAAUGACCCAUCUGCUAAUUCAUCCGCAUCUUCAAUUCCCUCGUCUCCAAAAUCACCGAAAAUAAUAUCAUCUAAACGUCAAAGGAGAUUCAGCUUCCAAGCUGUUUCUUCAAAAUUUCAUUUUGGAUCUUCUAAUACAUCGUCUUUAACUUUCCCGACUAUUGAAGAAAAGACGGAUAUUAAUUUGUCCAAUUCAGUUGUCGUUGACGAAGAUGCUCUAAAUAGAUUAUGUGACGUAUUACCACAUGCAGACAGAGAUGUCUUGAUAAAAUAUUUGCGUGCAGCAGGUGGAAAAGAUGAUUUAAUGGCUGUUGGUCUCUAUAUGAAAGAUUUAAAAAGUGGCGAGAUUUGA